GACACGUUACCGGAGGCUUCACGGCUGUCUCCGAUGUUGUACCACGUGAUGAGCCUCGGCGCGUAACUUCUCCCGGACCAGACACGGUGCUGCCGUUUUUAUCCUCGCACUCUGAAAGUAUCACAAGUCCUCGAGCGGAACGGCGGGAGAAGUUUGCGUGGCACGCGCGCCGUUUUUAGAGAAUGAAAAUAAGAUGUGCCCACCACACUCCUAGAUUGAGACACAGGUGCUUCCUGUUUACUCUGUCUCUGCUGGCGCUCUGUCUACUCAAACUGGUCCAUGUCAAAGUGACGCUUAGGAACGGCGUCUACAUUGAGCCCUAUGACAUCACAGGCGGCCUCUUGGGGACCCUCAAGCAAACGUACAACGUCAACUGCACCGGCAUCUACGAGCUGGACCCAGUGGAGGUGGGCAAGGCUCUCGCCAUCAAACGGAGGGUCAGUGUCGACGUGGAUGACGACAGCACGGUGACCUUGACCUCAGACUGCCAGUCGUUUGUCAGAACCAGGGGUUACGAUGAGGUCCCGGUGUCGGAGGUGGAGCGGGGAUUCCCCGUGGCUUACUCCCUGGUGGUGCACAAGAACGCGCCCAUGGUGGAGCGCAUCCUUCAUGCCAUCUACGCGCCUCACAACGUCUACUGCGUCCACUACGAUCAGAAGUCCUCCCCGGCCUUCAUCAAGGCCGCUCAGAACCUGGCCCGGUGUAUUCCCAACGUGUUUAUCGCCUCAAAAUUGGAGUCGGUGGAGUACGCGCACAUCAGCAGGCUCAACGCCGACCUCAACUGCCUCUCUGACCUGCUGAGGUCAGAGGUCAAGUGGAGGUAUGUCAUCAACCUGUGUGGCCAGGACUUCCCUCUCAAGUCGAACAACGAACUGGUCUCCGAGCUGAAGCAGCUGAACGGUAGCAACAUGCUGGAGUCCAGCCGUCCCAGCGAACUCAAGAAAUUGCGCUUCAGCUUCCGCCAUGAGCUGAAGAACGUGCCCUACGAAUACCGCCGCAUUCCCGUCAAGACCGCGGCGCUCAAAGAAGCCCCCCCGCACGCCAUCGAGAUGUUCAUCGGGAGCGCCUACUUUGUCCUGUCGCGCAAUUUCGUUGAACAUAUCAGCAGCAGCCGGGUGGCGAAGGACUUUCUGACGUGGUCCGCCGACACAUACUCACCGGACGAACACUUCUGGGCCACCCUGGUCAGGGUCCCCGGGGUGCCCGGGCACGUCCCCAGGUCGGAGGCCGACAUCAGCGACCUGAGGAGUAAGACGCGACUCGUCAAAUGGAACUAUUUAGAGGGGAACCUUUACCCGGCGUGCACGGGGGCACACAUGCGCAGCGUUUGCAUCUACGGAGCGGCCGAGCUCCGCUGGCUGCUGAACUAUGGACACUGGUUCGCCAACAAGUUCGACCCCAAAGUGGACCCGGUCCUGAUCAAGUGUUUGGAGGAGAAGCUGAUGGAGAAACGAAAGUAUGUGCAAAGAUGACGCUGAAAAAAGGGGAGAGAAGAGAGUGGAGCCAGUAUUUAUUAAGUUAUUAGGCAAAGGUCAUGACACCAGAGAACCUCCACUCAGAAGCAUCCUUUACUUGAGUGUUUUCCAUUUCUUUGCCCCUGCUGCCGGUUCAGCCCAGUCGCCAGGAAAACAUGUUGGCAUUAUUGUUUCUAGAAAAACACCAAAAAAAAGUGUUUUCAGUGUAGAGGGAGACUUUCACCAGGAGACCGCUGUUCAUGUCCAGUUUGAACCCAAUUGUUGUUAUCCAUUGUUAUGUUAUAUUUCAACAAAUUGAUCAUUUUAUUUUAUUUUGUUAUUGUAAAAUAUGCCCAAACAUUUAAAGUAUCAAAAUAUUUAAACAUUUUUAAAAAGCUAUGAGGUACUUAUCAACGCAGCCGGUGGUUUACAAAGAACGUAUAAUAUAAAACCAUUCUUCCUGAGGACUGGGCUGUUAUUUAGAUUUUAAUUGGAAAUCGCUGAACAUUUCUCUGACUGCUACUGAAUACAAGCUAAACCUUGAUAAGGUUAUACGGAGAAUCAGUGUCUUAAUAAUCUGUUCUUCAAAAUUAGUUCUUUAACUUUUAUUCUAAUGGUACAUUUGACUACAUUUCUGUUUAUUGCUUCUUAUUAGAAUGCGAUAUUGCUAAGGGAUUCCCACCUCGUCUAAUUACCGCCGUCGGAUACCUAAUUCCACAUCAUUUCAUCCGUUCUAAUUCUCAUCAGUCUGCACAAGGCAUUCAAUCACCUAAAAAGUGCCUAGGUUGGACAUAAAUGCCCCAAAGCUACUACUUGAUAACAUAAUCUGAAUACAGCACCCGUGAUGUUCUUGAAUAUGAAUCCAGAGACUUAUAGAAGUUCUUAUUUUGAGAGCAGAAAUAUCAAAUAUGUGUUCUGCUCAAUGUUAUAAACCACAGCUGUUGUGAAGAAGGUUUGCAUCAAAAUUGAAAGGUUGAGAUUUCUGUCGGUUUAUGUUUUCCUGAAUAAAAGU